ACUCCGCGCGUCCCGCGGGGUCCGCCCGCCAUCCCGCGGCAGCGCCGCCGCCGCGUACCGAGGAGCGCCGCAGGCCGGGCGGCUGCCGGAACGGCUGCGCCGGCAGCCAUGCCCGCCUCCGAGGCCGUGCCGCAGCCUUCCCCCAGCAAGAGGCAGAAGGGGUCGGGGCCCGGAGAGGUCUCCACGCGGCUCCGCUUCACCAAGCUGUCCGAGAACGCCUUCCCCCCUUCCAGGGGCUCCGCACGGGCUGCGGGCUACGAUCUGUACAGUGCCUACGACUGUGUGAUACCACCCAUGGAAAAGGCUGUGGUGAAAACAGACAUUCAAAUAGCACUUCCUUCUGGAUGCUAUGGCCGAGUAGCACCACGUUCUGGUUUAGCUGCAAAGCACUUCAUAGAUGUUGGAGCUGGUGUUAUUGAUGAGGAUUACAGGGGAAAUGUUGGUGUGGUACUGUUCAACUUCGGCAAGGAAACUUUUGAAGUUAAAAAAGGGGAUAGAAUUGCCCAGCUCAUCUGUGAACGCAUUUAUUAUCCUGAGCUAGAAGAAGUUGAAGCUCUGGAUGAUACAGAACGUGGUGAAGGUGGCUUUGGUUCUACUGGAAAAAACUGAAAAUUACUUGAAUCUGCUUUCUAUGUAUAUUUUUGUUGUUGUUACACUAUUUCUAAAUUUUCAUCUGAAUUAGAAGUAGGAUUUUUGGAGUUCAUAAAAAUAUUUCAAGUUGUAUUGAGACUUCUCUGUAUCUAUCCUCCAGUGAAUUUGUCUGCAUAAUGAGGAAAUGUGCAUGACUGGCUUGACUUACUAGUUGAUGUAUUAUUUUGUCUUUCAAGAUGUUUGAUCCUCAGCAGUAAGAAUGCAUUGUUUAUAUGGCAAUUAUACUGUAAUAAAUUAAAACAUAAUUUUA